AUGCUGCCAUUGCUACUGGCGCUGCUAGUACCUGGUCCCGCCACGGCGGCGCUGCAGGCAGACGUGUCGUCGAUGGCGCUGCAGUACUUCGCCCUGAAGGGCGCACGGCUUAUCUCCGUGUUCGCCUGCCGCGUGCAGGACACACAUCACCUGAUGCGCUCCGCCCCCGGCUGGGUGCUGGCCCCUCACGACAUGGACCCGCGCCAACCCCAGCAGCCCCUCAGCCAGGCUGUGCUGCUGGACCACAGCUGUCCCCGCAACAGACUCCUGCUUCAGCAGAAUGCGAAUCGCGGCCUGCUGAACGGCAGCCACUUCUGGCUGGUUUGGGCCGAGGACGCCGACUCACGCCACGACGUGCACUGGAGGCUGCGGCUGGACAGCGAUGUAACGUGGGCCUGGAGGGCCUCACCUGGAUUGCUACUGCUUCUGGAGCUGUACUCGACGGGCGAGGGCGGGCGCGUGCUGGAGUCGCCCGCUGGCAACUGGAGCACCGAACACGGCCUGCACUACCUGCUGUCCGGCUACAAGUACCUGCGCCGCCGGGACAUGCUGGGGCAGCGCGUGCGAGCCGCCAUUGUGCCCAACACGGCGCUACACGACCCGCAGCGCGACCUCCUGAGGCCGGAGACCCGGCUCGUUGAUGCCAUGGCGGCAUACAACUACCACAUCUUCCUGCUGCUGAGGAGCCUCUUCAACUUCACGCUGGACAUGCUGGUGGCAGAUAAGUUCGGCAUCGUGGUAGAGGGUGGGCCCUAUGAGGGAGUUGUGCAGAUGCUACAUGAGGGCACCAUUGACACGGCCAUCUCCACUUUUGUGUUUGUGCGUGACCGCAUGAAGUACAUCGACUACAGCAGCGCCUACAGCUGGCGCUUCAGGUGGUGCCAGGUGGAACUGCGAGGAGCGGUGAAGGCAGAGACAGGUGGUUGCAGGUGGUUCCAUGUGAUGUGCGCCGUGUUCCGGCACCCACCCGUGUCUGGCGGCACCGAUGCGCUGGUGAGACCCUUCUCGGGCACGCUGUGGCUUGCCAUGUUUGCGCUGUGGCUGCUGAUCGCAGGAGUGCUGCGGUUCGUGGCCUGGCUCCAACCACGCUACGUCCACGUGACGGGAGAGACCCAGGAUGACAUCCCCUCCAGCAGCGACCUCUUCCUGCUUGUCGUCGGCAUUGUGGGCGAGCAAGGGACGUGGCUGGACUCGCGCUGGCUGGCGUGGCGCCUCGUGCUGCUCAUCAUGCUACUGCUCACCGUGUUGCUCAACACAUACUACGCUGCCAACGUGGUGUCCACACUGCUCAACCAGGCGCCCUACACCAUCCGUACAGCCCAUGACCUCGUGGACAGUGCGCUGCGGUUCGCGGCCGAGGACGUCGUCUACAGCCGCUCUUACUUCCAGAUCACCAACAACUCGCUGAUCCGGGAGCUGUACACGCGCAAGAUGGCGCCGCACGGAGACCACUACGUCAGCAUGGAGGAGGGACUGCGGCGAGUCAUGACGCAGGGGUUCGCCUUCCACAUGGAGGACGUGCGUGCCUACUGGGCCAUACAGAGCACCUUCCCCGACGAGCUCAAGUGCGACCUGCGCGAGGUGGAGCUGUUUCCGGGCGAGAUGGGCUACUACGUCUACCCUUUCGGCUCCGCCUUCAAGGAGGCCUUCACCUACGGGAUGCGCCGCGUGGUGGAGGCGGGGCUGUGGGACCACGAGAACACCCGGAGUCGCCCGCCGCGCCCUGGCUGCCCGUCCCAGGGCGCCCAGGUGGCCAGCGUGGACCUGGCCUCCCUCGCUCCCGCCUUCGGCCUGGUGGCGGCGGGGUGCGCGGCCGGCCUGCUCCUGUUGCUGGCGGAGCUCGCCCGCGGCCCCCCGCUGGCCCUCCGCUAGUCGCCCGCCGUGCCCCGGCUGCCCAUAGGGUUUCACUGUGUUGCAACAGAGACUGUUCUUUGUUUCAAUGAUUUUAUUAUGGAAGAUCAUUUUGGAAACAAGA